AUGCGUCGGGGGCAGGGGAAGCGCAAGGCCGAGGCCACGGAGCUGCCACGCGUGUCUCGGAGGAGGAAGGAGGAAGAGGAGGCGGUGCAGGGGGCCCGGCGGAGGGCGGCCCCGUCCGUGCAGGAGUUCAAGUACAACAAAAAGCGGGUUCGCCUCGUCUCGCAGGGCUCAGACCUGAAGGAUGAUGCUCGGUGCAUCCUUUACUGGAUGUCCCGGGACCAGCGGGUGCAAGAUAACUGGGCUUUCCUCUACGCCCAGCGCCUGGCCCUCAAACAGGAGCUGCCUCUGCACGUCUGCUUCUGCCUGGUGCCCAAAUUCCUGGAUGCCACCAUCCGCCACUACGGCUUCAUGCUGAGGGGCCUGCAGGAGGUGGCCAAGGAGUGCGCAGAGCUGAACAUCCCCUUCCACUUGCUGCUGGGCUACACCAAGGACGUGCUGCCUGCGUUCGUGGUGGAGCAUGGUGUGGGUGGGCUGGUGACAGACUUCUGCCCCCUCCGCCUCCCCCAGCAGUGGGUGGAGGACGUCAGGGAGCGGUUGCCAGAGGAUGUGCCAUUUGCGCAGGUUGAUGCCCACAACAUCGUGCCCUGCUGGGUCGCCUCCCCCAAGCAGGAGUACAGUGCCAGAACCAUUCGGGGCAAGAUUCAUGCUCAGCUCCCUGAGUUCCUCACGGAGUUCCCGCCCGUCAUUCGUCACCCGUAUCCCCCGUCCUGCCCAGCAGAGCCCAUCGCUUGGGAGGCCUGUUAUUCCAGCUUGCAGGUGGACCGCACCGUGAAGGAGGUGGAGUGGGCAACCCCUGGCACUGCUGCGGGGCUGGCUGUGCUGCAGUCCUUCAUCUCAGAGCGGCUGAAAUCUUUCAGCUCCCACCGAAACGACCCCAACAAGGCGGCGCUCAGCAACCUGUCCCCGUGGUUCCACUUCGGCCAGGUUUCCACCCAGCGAGCCAUCCUGGAGGUGCAGAAACAUCGGGGCAAGUACAAGGAGUCAGUGGAUGCAUUUGUGGAGGAGGCUGUGGUGCGGCGGGAGCUGGCUGAAAACUUUUGCUACUACAAUGAGAACUACGACAGUGUGCAAGGUGCCUACGACUGGGCGCAAACCACCCUGAAGCUCCAUGCCAAAGACAAGAGACCUUUUCUUUACGAGCUGCAGGAGCUGGAGCAGGGGACCACGCAUGACCCACUCUGGAAUGCUGCCCAGCUCCAAAUGGUUCGGGAGGGCAAGAUGCAUGGCUUCCUGCGGAUGUACUGGGCCAAGAAGAUCCUGGAGUGGACCCGCUCCCCCGAGGAGGCCCUGCGGUUUGCCAUCUACCUCAAUGACCGCUACGAGCUGGAUGGGAGGGACCCCAAUGGAUACGUAGGCUGCCUCUGGUCCAUCUGCGGCAUACACGAUCAGGGCUGGGCAGAGCGAGCCAUCUUUGGGAAGAUCCGCUACAUGAACUACGCCGGCUGCAAGCGCAAGUUCGACGUGGGCCAGUUCGAGCGUCGCUACGCCCCCCGCACGCUCUCCCAGUGA